UAGGACGCAUGCGCCUUCGUCCACCCACCCAGGCCAGACUGCCAGGACGCUUCCCCGGCUCCUUGCAACCUUCGGAACCAGGGGUGGUGGUGGGGAGCUCGUUGCGCCUGCGCGGUGCGUUCCAGGCCGGGGCUGCUAGAAAGGGGCUGGUGCUGCUCGGUCAGCUCUCCUAGUGGGUCAGGAGGUGGCUUGUCCGCGCCGCUGCCGCCACGGACUCCGGGCCGACUCCACCAACUUCCCAUCUCUUCACAAUGAGAGAAGUCUGGGUUCACUUCUUCCCUUCACCCUGUAGUUGAUAGUUUUGGAUUUGGAGGCGAUGCUGGAGUAAAGAUGGCAGAUAGUGUCAAGAUCUUCCUUAAUGAUCUCGCCAGGGGAAUUAAGGAUUCCAUAUGGGGGAUCUGCACCAUCUCCAAGCUGGACGCUCGGAUCCAGCAGAAAAGGGAAGAGCAACGAAAAAGAAGAGCAAGCAGCGUCCUUGCUCAGCGAAGAGCGCAGAGUGAGGAGAGGAAGCCGGAGAAUGAACCCAGGAUAGUCAGCCGAAUAUUUCAGUGUUGUGCAUGGAAUGGAGGUGUAUUCUGGCUUAGUCUCCUCUUAUUCCACCGGGUAUUUAUACCUGUACUUCAGUCAGCGACUGCUCAGAUAAUUGGUGACCCCUCACUACAUGGUGAUGUCUGGUCUUGGUUGGAAUUCAUCCUCACCUCCAUCUUCAGUGCCCUCUGGAUCCUUCCUCUCUUUGUGCUCAGUAAAGUUGUCAAUGCCAUCUGGUUUCAGGACAUUGCAGAUUUGGCAUUUGAGGUGUCGGGAAGGAAGCCCCAGCCUUUCCCCAGUGUCAGUAAAAUAAUUGCCGACAUCUUGUUUAAUCUCUUACUGCAAGCUCUCUUCCUCAUCCAGGGAAUGUUUGUAAGCCUGUUUCCCAUAGAUAUCAUUGGCCAGCUGGUCAGCCUUCUUCAUAUGUCGUUGCUCUACUCACUGUACUGUUUUGAGUACCGCUGGUUUAACAAAGGAAUUGAAAUGCAUCAACGGUUAUCGAACAUUGAAAGGAACUGGCCCUAUUACUUUGGAUUUGGUUUACCUCUGGCCUUUCUCACUGCAAUGCAGUCGUCUUACAUUAUCGGUGGCUGCCUGUUUUCCAUUCUUUUCCCUCUGUUUAUCAUCAGCGCCAAUGAAGCAAAGACACCAGGGAAAGCAUACCACUUCCAGUUGCGGCUCUUUUCCUUCGUGGUCUUCCUUAGCAACAGACUCUUUCACAAGACGGUCUACCUUCAGUCCACCCUGAGCAGCUCCACUUCAGCCGACCGACUGCCCUCGCCACACCAGUCGCCUGCCAGACAGAAGGCUGCUUUGGCACACUGAACCCUAACUAAAGUGGGGAAGGGGUGGAGGAGGGCACCAUUCUUGGCAGCUGCCUACGUGCUCCUGAGACAUUGAAAAGGGCAGUUGCUGUUCUGCCGAGGGCUUUGCACAUCCUCUCCCCUGUCAUCGUUGUAAGUCCCAGUUGGACACUGGUUUUGUGUCGCACCAAGUAUGUGGAUAAAGAUAUUUGUUGGGGGGCGGGGAAGGGAGUGGAAGAAGUGUCUGGGUUUUUAACACCUUUGUGAGUUUUUUAAAAGCCAGGUUCUUUGCUUGUUUUAUAGUGUGGAACGGACCUGUGCCUGUCCUGUGUUUUUGUAUACUACUCCCUCACCUCUCCCUUGUGCCAUGUUCCCUCUUCCCCAGGAUGAAUGGUUUUUGUAAUGCGUAUUUUGUCGUAGCUUUGUGGCGCUGAUGGGGUCUUUAGGGUGAACUGCAUCACAAACGUUUGGGUUUCUCAAUGAUCAUAGUUCUUUGUAUAUUAUAUAACUCAGGUCAGGAUUUUGUAAUCCCUGUUUGUGCUGAAAUGAUACAGAAAGUGGAUCAUGUUGCUCUAGUGCAGGGCUGUUCGAUUUCGGCCCUCCUGCAGAUCUUGGCCUACAGCUCCCAUAAUCCCAGGCUAUUGGCCACUGUGGCUGGGGAUUAUGGGAGUUGUAGUCCAAAGACAACUAGAGUGCCUAUGUUGAGCAGGCUUGUUCCAGGGGCAGGAUGACAAUAUAGAGUGGGAGGACGUUGUCUUUGGUAUCUGUUGACAUCCGUAUAGUGUUUGUCGCCAACUGACAUUUGGGUUGUGUCAUACCAGAGAGGACCUGGACAGUUGCCAGCUCAGUCUGUUUGUAUGCUGGAAGGGAUCCACUUCCCAUGGAUGAAACAAAUUCCUAACCUAAACAGAAUGUAUGGAUUUCUUUUUUAAAAAAAAUUCUGCAUCCUUAGAGCUUUGAAAAAGCUCUUUCUGAACUUUCAAAGGGAAAUCUCAAAAAAGUGUACGGGUAAGGGCAGGAACUGAAAUGGAAACAUGUUAAAUCUGUGGUUGGGGUUGGAAGAUUUACAAUAUAAUAUUUUGAUUUCUGAACAACUA